UGUAUAUACUGACUAAUGGCAUAUUUUAGUGUAUUUCUUGUUUUAUUUUGGACCCACACUGAUUUUUUUUUUUUUGUGAAAAAUUACAAAGGCAAAUAUAUACCAGGGGGCUGGGCUUUGAAUUUCAGGCACCACUCGGAAGCACUUACGAUGUCCAAUCAGAUGAGACAGGGGGCAGGCUGCGAUUGUAGGCCUUUAAAUAGGCCGCCUCCCGCUCUUUGCUACACUUCAAACCGAAGAACACUUAACCAUGGCAAGAACAAAGCAAACUGCUCGCAAAUCCACCGGAGGUAAAGCUCCAAGGAAGCAGCUCGCCACCAAGGCUGCGCGUAAAAGCGCACCAGCUACCGGUGGCGUGAAGAAGCCCCAUCGUUACAGGCCCGGUACCGUGGCUCUGAGAGAGAUCCGCCGUUACCAGAAGUCCACUGAGCUGCUAAUCCGCAAGCUGCCUUUCCAGCGUCUGGUCAGAGAGAUCGCUCAGGACUUCAAGACCGACCUGCGCUUCCAGAGCUCUGCCGUCAUGGCUCUUCAGGAGGCCAGCGAGGCUUACCUGGUCGGUCUGUUCGAGGACACCAACCUGUGCGCCAUCCACGCCAAGAGGGUCACCAUCAUGCCCAAAGACAUCCAGCUGGCUCGUCGCAUCCGUGGGGAGCGUGCUUAAGUUCAUUCUUCACUCCAGAAAUCAAAAGGCUCUUUUAAGAGC